ACAGUAGAGUUUGAACUGAGCAUUAAGUGACUGAUAUAGGCUCCCGCUCCAGUACCGCUAUUUCCCUCCGAUUUUUUCUAGUUGUUAGAAAAGCGAAGAGGGAUAAUUUGUUCAUUCAUUAGUCCCUACACUUUACAUCCACGUUAAUGUUUUUGAAGUCGGACUGAAACUUACCUUCCGUUUGGCUUGCAAAGGAAAAUAAAGAAAAUAAAAAAUCAAAGCACCCUCUCAACUUAGAGUGUUUUUCUUUUUAACUUUUCUGAGUUCAGAGCAGCUAUGGAUUGCAGAAGCUCUAUUUUUGUUGGCAAUCAGUCAAUUUCAUUUUAUCUAAAUUAUUUAUCAUUUAUUGGAAGGUUAGCUCUUAUCAAACUGCUGUUUUUGUUCUAGGAAAUUGCUUCAUUAACAACUCUAAUGCGGAUUUUAGAUGAAGAAACUGGAUAUUUAAUCCCUUAAGUCUUUGGCAAAAAAAGCAGGCAGUUCUUAUUCUCAACGGAAAACUAUGGGCACAAAUCGACAAAACUAAAGCUUAGUUAAUGUAACAAUAAUUAUUCAUAAUAUAAAAUUGUGAGUUGACCUGAGUAAGGUGAGUGUGUAUCUUCGAUGGCCGGCUUAUCUUUUCCUUCAAUCCCCCUUUUUUGUGUGUGGUCAUAUUCAGGGAUUUUGAAUUUUAAAUAGUGGGUUUCGACCAUUUUGGUCACUCCCAAAAGAGAUACCUGAGAAAAUGAGGAGCUUGAGCUUCUUAUCUAUGGAAUAUCUUUUCCUAUUAAUGUCGAUCUUAUCGCAGUGUUUGAAAUUUGGUUCAGGAACUGCAGCAGUGGUUCAUGCUGGGAAUGGCGAUGGCGUCCAGCCAUUGUCCAAGAUUGCCAUUCAUAAAGCAGUCUAUGCACUUCAUGAAAAUGCUUCUGUUAAAGCACACCCGCUUGUUCUUGGGACUAAGGGGGGAGAUUCUGAUUGGGUAACUGUAGAAAUUGAAUGUCCGAAACCUUCUGAGGAUGAUUGGAUUGCUGUCUUCUCUCCUGCAAAUUUCAGCUCGUCUAUCUGUCAACCCAGUGAUGAUAUGGAACAGUUUCCUGAUAUAUGUUCAGCCCCAAUAAAGUACAAAUAUGCCAAUGAUUCCGAUGCUGAUUACAAAAAGACUGGCAAAUCUUCGUUAAAGUUCCAAUUGAUCAAUCAACGGGAAGAUUUUUCGUUUGCAUUAUUUUCUGGCGGAUUAUCCGAUCCAAAACUGGUGGCUGUUUCAAAUGUUAUAAGUUUUGCUAACCCAAAGGCACCACUUUAUCCACGGCUUUCACAAGGGAAAUCUUGGAAUGAAAUGACAGUGACUUGGGCUAGUGGCUAUAAUGUUAUCGAAGCUGUACCUUUCGUUGAGUGGGGUAUGAAAGGAGAAUCCCAAACUCGAUCUCCUGCAGGAACAUUGACAUUUCAUCAAAAUGAUAUGUGCGCUCCGCCAGCCCGAACAGUUGGUUGGCGCGAUCCUGGUUUCAUUCAUACAAGUUUCCUAAAGGAUUUGUGGCCAAGCUCUGUGUACACUUAUAAGCUUGGACAUAAGUUGGUAGAUGGUUCUUUUGUCUGGAGCAAGAGCUACUCAUUCAAAUCUUCACCAUAUCCAGGGCAGGAUUCAUUACAGCGGGUUGUAAUAUUUGGAGACAUGGGAAAGGCCGAACGAGAUGGUUCAAACGAAUACAGUAAUUAUCAGCCAGGAUCACUUAACACCACGGAUCAACUAAUCAAGGACUUGAAAAACAUUGACAUAGUUUUUCAUAUAGGGGACAUUACAUAUGCAAAUGGGUAUAUCUCACAGUGGGACCAGUUCACAUCACAGGUUGAGCGCAUUGCAUCAACUGUGCCAUAUAUGAUUGCAAGCGGCAAUCAUGAACGCGAUGCACCCAACUCUGGGUCGUUCUACGACGGAAACGAUUCUGGUGGUGAGUGUGGUGUUGUAGCUGAGACCAUGUUUUAUGUUCCUGCUGAGAACAGAGCUAAAUUUUGGUAUUCAACAGACUAUGGCAUGUUCCAUUUCUGUAUAGCUGACAGUGAACAUGAUUGGAGGGAAGGUUCUGAGCAGUACAAGUUCAUCGAGAAGUGCCUAGCGUCGGCAGACCGGAGAAAGCAGCCCUGGUUAAUAUUUGUUGCUCAUCGUGUUCUUGGUUAUUCCUCAAGUUAUUGGAAAGAUGCCUCAUUUGGAGAGCCCAUGGGAAGGGAAAGCUUGCAAGGACUUUGGCAGAAGUACAAAGUCGACAUUGCAUUUUUUGGACAUAUCCAUAACUAUGAAAGAACUUGCCCGGUUUACCAGGGGCAGUGCAUGCAUGUCGGAAAAUCACACUAUUCAGGUAUUGUAAAUGGAACGAUUCACGUAGUGGUUGGUGGGGGAGGGAGCCAUUUAUCAGGGUUUGGUCCUACCCAGACUUCAUGGAGUCUAUACAAAGAUUCAGAUUUUGGUUUCGUGAAGUUGACUGCAUACAAUCACUCAUCUCUCCUCUUUGAAUACAAGAAAAGCAGUGAUGGAAAUGUGUAUGAUUCUUUCACCAUUUCCAGGGACUACCGAGAUGUCUUGGCCUGUGUUCAUGAUGGCUGCGAACCAACCACUUUGGGUUCUUGAAACCACCCACUCUAGAGGUGUAUAUGGAUCCGAUCGGGUCGGAUAGUAACUUUGAAUUUUUUUGCCUAAAGCUCUGUCCAGGUUAAGGCUAGGUCAGCCCUCUAACCCGGAUGAUGACUAUAAACUAUAUAUUCUCAAAUUUAUUAAUACAUCAAAUCAAUUUAAUUUAAUAUACGUAUGUAACUUUGAUUGUAGUCAAAUGUACACAUAAAUUUUUAUUUUUAGUUAAUUACAUACAUUUAAAUAAAUAAA